UUUUCAGAGCCUACCCAGCACUUUCUCUGAACUCUGCACUUCAGCUUUGCAAAUUAUUGGCAAGGAACUGAACAGUACACGGACAUUCCACUCACCGAGAUCUGACCCCGGGGUGGAAAAGGAAAAUACUCACUUUGUACUGUUCCUCCACUGCAGAUUCAGAGUGUUUUUGAAGCACGGACACCUAAAAUGGCGAUGUUUUAGUCCACAUUUAGCAGCUGCAGGAGCUUUUGGAGAAAACGAAACUGCAACCGAAGAAUUUAUCAAAGGCAAAGGGGAGGGCUCAGAAAGAACAGGGCAGGAAAUGGAGUUCAUAUGCGCAGUAACACAGCCAGCAGCAGAACAGUUCACUGUAACACUUUAUAUAAUUAAAAACCGUCUGCCUUCAGAUAUAAUUAGCGAUAAUAGUUCAAGAUUUCUUUUACAUUUUUAUUAGUUGGACAUCAACUCGGACAAUUAUUUUAUGAGCUUUAUUUUCACGUCUUUGUUAUCUGGUAUUGGCUGAACGAGCAGAAUGAUCACUGUUGAAUAUUACACACAGUCUGAAUUUCUGUGAAAGAAUUUAUCCUGUUGCAGCGAGAACUCAAGCUUCCAUUUUUAAGCAAACACACGGAGUUUUUAUUCUUUGCACUUUUUAAAAUUAAUGCAGGGAUACGUAUAUUUAAAAUGACAGCAUUCAGCAUCCCUUGCAGGUAGCUUAAUGGUCUUUGUUUCCAUUUGCGAAGAUCACUCAAAUAACCAGGUUCGGUCUGUAUCCCUGAAACCUUCAAUAAACAGAACUGCAGAUAAAAAGGCCAAAUUACGAUUGUGGAGAGGUCACCGCUUGGUGCAAGAUUUACUAAUUCUUAACUAGUGUGUUGGAAUUGGACAAAGUUCAGAUAUGCCCCGAAUUUCAACCCCUGAGCAAGAAGCGUUUGUCAUUGCCCACAAAUGGCUUUGACGCGGUUCGCAGAGAAUCGCUACCAAGCAUGCCGUCCGAAGGACAGGGCUGUCACUAAUGAUCCUGGAGAGGAAGGUGAUGAGAAUGUGGAGCGAGGUAACUGGUCCUUAAAGACUGAUUACUUGCUGUCGAUGAUCGGCUGUGCUGUGGGUCUGGGCAAUGUCUGGAGGUUCCCUUACCUGGCUUACAGAAACGGAGGAGGUGUGUUCCUUAUUCCCUACACACUCAUGCUGGCACUCAUUGGCAUACCAAUGUUUUUUCUGGAAUCUUCCUUUGGGCAGUUUGCCAGCCUUGGACCUGUCGCAGCCUGGAAAGCUGUGCCCAUGUUGCAAGGUGUGGGUAUAACCAUGGUCCUUUUCGGAGCAAUUGGCAACAUUUCGUACUGCGGCAUCCUCGCCUACAGUCUGUACUACCUGUUUGCUUCCUUCCAAUCACCCCUGCCAUGGGCAGACUGCUUCAGUUGGUGGGGAGCAGAUGAAACAUGCAGCAGGACCCCCAAAGAUCCACUCUGCAAUCUCACUCUGGACGAUGGAUAUUUUAAAAUCGUUAACACAACAUGGCUGCAGACAAACAAUGAAAGUUGUCCAAAUGGAUCAGAAAUCUCCAUUCCUCACCAGGGUCCGAGUGAGCAAUACUGGGAUAAAGUGGCUUUACGUCGGACUAGUUCAAUAGAUGAGACAGGGGAGAUGGUUUGGUAUUUAGCCCUCUGUCUGCUUCUGGCCUGGCUGAUCAUUGGAACUGUGCUAUCCAAAGGAAUCAAAUCUUCAGGAAAGGUGGUUUAUUUCACUGCAACAUUCCCUUAUGUGGUUCUGACUGCACUCCUGAUCCGCGGGGUUACCCUGGAGGGAGCCCAUAAAGGAAUCGAAUUCUACAUUGGAAGCCAGUCAGAUUUCUCUAGACUGGCUGAUGCUGAGGUCUGGAAAGAUGCCGCAAUACAGAUUUUUUAUUCAACAUCAAUCAGUUGGGGGGGCUUAAUAACACUUUCAUCCUACAACAAGUUCCACAACAACUGCUACAGAGAUACCAUCAUUGUCUGCAUUGUUAAUUCUGCUACAAGCAUAUUUUCUGGCUUUGCCAUCUUCUCCAUCCUUGGACACAUGGCUCAUCUGCAAGAUAAGCCUGUUUCAGACGUUGCACAGUCAGGUUUUGGAUUGGCUUUCAUUGUCUACCCAGAGGCCCUUGCCCAGUUGCCAUGGGCACCUUUAUGGUCUACAUUAUUUUUCUUCAUGCUGGUCACUCUGGGAGUUGAUACUCUGUUUGCAGCUUUAGAAACAAUCAUGACAGCCCUGGUGGACCAGUUCCCUACGUUUCUACGACCAAAGCGCCUUUAUCUGAUAACUGUCGUUUGGUUGUUGUUUUAUUGCUUUGGCCUUGAAUGUGUAACUCAGGCAGGAAUUUACUGGAUCAAGUUAAUUGAUCAUUUCACUGCUGGAUGGGGUAUUCUGACAGCUGCUCUGCUGGAGGUCAUCGGUCUGAGCUGGAUCUAUGGGCUGAACAGAUUCAUCAAGGACAUUGAGAUGAUGAUUGGGGAAAAGAACUGGCUCUUCUGGCUGUGGUGGAGAAUCUGUUGGUUUUUUGUCACUCCGUGUGUGCUGGCAGCAACAUUGCUCUGGUCCUUAGUCACAUUUGGCCCACCAACAUACGGACCUGUUGAAUAUCCUGACUGGGCAGUAGUGCUGGGUUGGUGCAUAACCAUUUUCUGUACAAUGUGGAUUCCCAUUAUCGCCAUAGUUAGAGUUGUUCAAGCUGAGGGCUCCACUUUGUGUCAGACUCGUGGAGCAGAACGAUGACCUCAUAAAAUCUAAGAAAAAGGUCACACUACACAACAGCUUAGAUUCUGAAGACUUAACUUCGAGAAUCUCAAGAUAAAGCCGUGUGCAAUCUGGAAUCAAGGCCCAUCAAUGACUAGGGGCUAGACGCCAGUAUGGACUGGAUUGGAAAGACUGUUGUGCUGAAUUUUUUAUUUUUUAAUUUUUCUGAUUUAUUCCUAUGAUCUGUGUUGCUGCACCUUUAAUUUCUUUACUUUUCUAAUUUUUUCCCUAAGCAUUUGUACUUGAGCAUCCGUACCUCUUUGUACCUAAAAUGGAGCCGUAAGUGGCAACUUGUAAACUUUUCACUGUAUUCAUUUGAGAAUGUGAAAAUAAAUCUAAUUGUAAUUCUAAUUCUAACGAAAUGCACUACUGACAACUGAAGGUUCGCUAUAGGCUAAUUCUUCCUGACUCUUCACAUCCUUAAGUCCUGAUCAUCCAUCACUUUCUAACCACAUUCUGUACUUUUUUAGUUAAUACAUUUGCCAUUUCAGUACGGGACACUGUCUGAAGUCUUCAAAAGCCAGGCACCUGAAUCAGUGAUAAGUGUGAGAGAAAUGGCAAUGCAGAUGACGUUGUAACAAAUAGUUUCAGAUAAAUGGUUGAACACUGAACAGAGACCUGGAUGUUUUUCAACAGCGAUGUGAUGAAAAUGGUGCAUCAAACAGGACAAUGUGAAACUCUUUAGUUAAGGAAUAUAGCUAAUUAGAUACUACAGGAGAGAACUUUGUGUUGAUGAAGCCAAAGUUAAAGUAAUUUGAAGAUGCUGAAUAAAAAUUCUAUGUGCAAUAACAUUACAAGAUCUUAUGGACUGUAUUGAAUGGUACCAACAGCUUAGGAAGAAACAGUUUGUUGAAAAUCAUGUGGAUGGCCCUGUUAUCAUUGCUGAGGACCAUGAUCUCUAGCUGUUAAGAGGAGACAAAAAAGUUUGGACGGGAAACAGUUUUUCAAAAUGAUCCAUUCUGAGAAGUCUUCUUCAGACAAAGAAUACUGGGAGACAGUGUUUCCUUGCAACAUGGUAUGGGGGAGGUGAUGGCC